AUGCAAGAAAGAACAGAUAAUUCCUUGAAGAUUAUGAGGAAAAGACUACGGUUUCGGUUUGAAAAUAUGUGGGCUAAGGAAUCUGAAUGCCAAAGCAUCAUCAAGGACAGUUGGUCUUCCUCCUCGACAUCAUCUAUAAAUGCCAUUACCAGUAACAUUCAGAGAUGUUCCACAAAUCUCUCUUUAUGGAGUCGUGUCAAAUUUGGUUCUUUAACUGAAAAAAUUAAGGAGACUCAUGACCAGAUUGCAAAGUUGCAUAAUCUUCAACAACUUUCAACAUACUCAGAGGAAUUGGGUGAAUUGGAAGAAAAAUUGAAUGAUUUGCUUUUUAAAGAGGAAGUGUAUUGGAAACAAAGGUCUAGAAUACAAUGGCUACAAGAAGGAGACCAAAACACUAAAUUUUUUCACCAAAAGGCAAAAACAAGGCAAAAAACGAAUAUUAUCAAAGGUUCCUUUUCAGUUUUCCAGGCAGAAGCAGUUGCUUUACUAGUAGGAUUGCGUUGGGCUCGAAGAUGUGGGACUUCCUAG